AUGCGCAUUUUCGAGAUCCGGAAAAAUCGCCGUCAGCUGCGCCCAUACUUACCCCGCUCCCGGGGUGGGAGGCGGGAUGCCGAAGCCACCUGGAUCACCGGGCCCACCCCACCGUUUGUGAAAUGUGGCUAUGCAGGCUCAAAUUUUCCGGAGCACAUUUUUCCAGCUUUGGUUGGAAGACCUAUUAUAAGAUCUACUGCUAAAGUGGGAAACAUUGAAAUCAAGGAUCUCAUGGUUGGUGAUGAAGCAAGUGAAUUACGCUCAAUGCUGGAAGUGAAUUAUCCAAUGGAGAAUGGCAUAGUUCGGAACUGGGACGAUAUGAAGCACCUCUGGGAUUACACAUUUGGACCAGAAAAACUUAAUAUUGACACAAAAAAUUGUAAAAUACUACUCACAGAACCUCCCAUGAAUCCAACUAAAAAUAGGGAGAAGAUUGUGGAGGUUAUGUUUGAGACAUACCAGUUUUCUGGGGUGUAUGUAGCCAUUCAGGCUGUUCUGACUUUGUAUGCUCAAGGUUUGUUGACUGGUGUUGUUGUGGACUCUGGAGAUGGUGUAACUCAUAUUUGCCCAGUUUAUGAAGGUUUCUCUCUCCCUCAUCUCACCAGACGGUUAGAUAUCGCUGGGAGGGAUAUCACUAGGUACCUCAUUAAGCUCCUCUUACUGCGAGGGUAUGCUUUCAACCAUUCUGCUGAUUUUGAGACUGUUCGCAUGAUCAAGGAAAAGCUAUGUUAUGUGGGAUACAACAUUGAACAGGAGCAGAAGCUGGCAUUAGAGACCACAGUACUAGUUGAAUCCUACACGCUCCCAGAUGGCAGGAUUAUCAAAGUCGGUGGAGAACGGUUUGAGGCACCAGAGGCUCUCUUCCAGCCUCACUUAAUCAAUGUAGAGGGGGUUGGUGUGGCUGAAUUGCUGUUUAACACCAUCCAGGCCGCUGACAUUGAUACUAGGUCUGAAUUCUACAAGCACAUUGUGCUGUCUGGAGGGUCCACCAUGUACCCCGGGCUGCCUUCGCGACUGGAGCGGGAACUUAAACAGCUCUACCUGGAACGAGUUCUGAAAGGAGAUGUGGAAAAACUCUCGAAAUUUAAGAUCCGAAUUGAAGAUCCACCUCGUCGAAAGCACAUGGUGUUUUUGGGUGGUGCGGUUCUAGCAGACAUCAUGAAAGACAAAGACAACUUCUGGAUGACCCGACAAGAAUACCAAGAAAAGGGAGUACGUGUGCUGGAGAAGCUUGGUGUGACUGUUCGAUAAAUCCCAAAGCUUGUUCCCAUCACAUGUCUAAAGCUUUUUUUCUUUCAUUGCCAAUCUCUGAACUCACUCAGCUACAUGCUAUGGAAAGGCCUGUCUGUGGCCUUUUGACCCAAAGGUCAGGUUUUGUUCUGGUUUCUUGGGGUAGCUUUUGUUAAAUGUUUCUUAAUGUGGCUAAAUUUGACUAUUAAAUUUGACCACUUCCCUGCAAACAAAACAGAGCAAGAGCAGCCUGUCUACUUCAUUAUUCCUUCCCAGUAGGCAAUUGGGUAAUUCUGGUAGGCUUUUUCUUCUGGGUUUAUUGCUGUAGUACUGCUAGCUUUUGUCUCUAGUUCACAAGGAAUUGUGUGCCUUUUUUAGCAUAAGAAAACCUUUAUACAGGAGUUUUUGCUAUUGGAUCAUUGUGGUGGUUACCUUUGCAUCUUUUUGCCUCUCUCUACAGUAAGAUUAUUUUUUUUCUCUCCUGCAAUUAGGAAUUUUGAUUAAACAUUGUUAGAACCUAGUUUAACUAGCUGGAAUGGCUUUAAUACACUGUUUCGAUGUAAUGUGGUUCCAUAUGCACUGCUGCCUAAACUGGCUUCUGAGGUGGUUUAUCCUUAAAGGUGGUGGUGGGGCUUUCAUACUGUAUUUCUCUAAGUAGGCAUGUACACAGUUGCCACAAACGGAGAAACACCUGAUAUACUGGCAAAUGUAAAUUUGUGGCCUUAGGUGUCUUUUUCUGGAGGGAAGAGACAGGACACACAGGAGCUGUGUUGCUUUUCUGUUAAUGGACAGCUGGGGGUCAGUCUGACCAAAAAUGCCUCUUUUUAUAGCUAAAUUUUGGUACUGUGUUGUCUCAGCAUAGGAAGCAAGAAUGUUAAAUUAGCUGUUCUGUAGCUGUUGAGAACCUUAGAUAUGCUGAGACAGGAGCCUCUAAACUGGAGAGAUUUAAUACUUUCAGAAAUGCUUGUGGAAACUGUAACUAUAGAUAUUAAAACCCCCAGAACUGAGUUUUAAAAGUCUGAUGUUUUAAGUGCUUGGAUGUAUAUCGGAAGCACUUCCAUUAAACUUUACAAGUAUAUUAACCUAGUGCCAAGUAGUUCCUGCAAAUGAAUAUUUCAAUGACCAGUGUUUAUUGCAGCAAGCACAUAUUUAUAAACAACCACUGGCAAUAGGUUAUGAAGAAUGACCUAUAUUUGUUCCAGUUAAAAAUAACAUUGCAAUAUGAGAUGUCCUUGGUUGGUAAAUAUCCACAAUUCAUUUUGUCCAGUCCUGAUUUUUGAUACGUAACGUGGGAUGGGGAAAGAAGUGAAAACCCGUGAUGAAAGUGCUGUUUCCAGAAAGUACAUUAAAGCUGAGUUGUUCU